AUGAUAUUAUUGAAAAUAUUUUAAUAGGUUUAAUUGUUUGAAUUAUAUGUAUUUUAGAUUUUACAUAAAAUCAUUGCAAAAUUAAGAAUUUUCCCCAGAUCUAUAGCUCUACUUAAAAUGUUAAAAAUACUUAAUAACUUUAUAGAAAGAAAAUAAGUCCUUCAAACUCUUAAAUUUACUUAAAGGUAAGAAAUGAUCCAUUUUAUGAAAGAAUAUUACUAAGAAUUAUAUAAUAAUAUUAAUAAAUAUUAAGAUGAUUUAUUGUUUGAUUGUUUAAAAGUAAUAUUAAGUAUUCCUACUUAAAUAAUAGUAAUUAAUGAAUACGAGUUUUUUAAAUUUAAUUUAAUAAUAGCUUUAAAAAAAACAUUUGAAUUAGGAAUUCAUAAUAUAUCAUUAGGUUAUUCUGGAGUUGAAUGCUUGUAAAGAAUAAUAAAAAUACCUGAAAAAAAGUUAAUUUAUAAAUACUUAAGAUUGGUAAUACCUUAUCUAAGUGACUACUUAACAACGAAUAAAUCUUAAAUGGAAACUGAGAACUAUAAAACAAAUAUGCAAACAUUUAAUUUAACCUUAUCUGAAUUAGAAUAAAACCGAUAAGGUUUAACUUAAAGAAUAGCUGAAUUUUUAGGAUCAAUAGGUGGAUAAUCUCAUUUAAUAAUAUUAAGCAAUAAAAUUAUAAGUUGGGACUACGAAGCUAAAGUAAUUUUUGGAUUACCUCUCUUAUCGAAAAAAAUAGAUGUAAAUUUGACCAAAAUACUCCCUCGAAUUAUUGAUUUAGCUUAAAAAGGUGAAAAAACAGUAUAAAUUUAUGCUUGUGAAAUGCUUCAUGCUAUUAUUGUUUACAUGAUUGGUAUGUAAGCAUGUUCAACAGCAAGUUCUUUUGGUAGAAAUACAAGAAAUAUAGAAGAAGUACUUCAAAAUAAAGAACUUUUUUCCAAAAUUUAUGCUAGAUUAUUCCCUCCAUUGUUUCAAAUAGCUUCUAAUUCUUCACAUCCAAGCGCAGUUUUGAUGUAAUAAUUAGGACUUCAAAUAUCUAGGUGGCUUGCGAACAGUAAAUAAGCUGAUUCUCCGGAUGUUAAUGAGCUUUUGGAUAUUAUAAUGUGGGGAAUUUCAACUAAGGAUAAUAAUAAUUUAAGAGAAUAUGCUUCUAGCUGUUUAGGUUAGUUUAUUAAAUGGACUAUUAAAUAAAGUUCAGUUUAAGAAAUAAAAGAAAACCACUAAAAUAUCAAAUCGGCUUUUCGAAGAAUUCAAUCGUAUGCAAGUUAACCUGACUUGCAAAGAAGAUUUGGAGCUCUUUUAGCCUUUAGGGAUGUUUUCUUUAAUAUUUUAUCAGAAAAUUUUUUAGUUGAAAAAUAUUUACUUGAAGGUGUAGGUAUAAUGCUAAGAAUUGGAGAAAAAUAUGAAGAAAAUAAUGAAGAGUUUGCUGAUAAUUUCCAUUCAUGUUUUAUAAAAGUUGGUUAGGUUGUUUUAUAGAAAAAAAAUGUAAUUUUUUAAGGGAAAAACAAAUAGAAAGUGGAAGAAUUUUCAAUUGAUUUUUAUAAUUUAGAUGAUAAUAAUUAUAAUUUUUGGGAUUUUUAGUCUUUGGUUUAUUGGCUGUUUUUUAAAGGAUGCUUUAGCAAAUCUGGAUUGGUAAGAAAAGAAAGUUUUUUGAUUUGGAAAUGUAUUUUAGGAGAAGAUGAAUGUAAAUUAUUCUUUAUUGAUAAUUUGAGAACUUUAAAAAAAUUUAUAAAUAAAUAUUCUUUUGAACAAUAAAUUGAUUUUUGGAUUAUUUGUAUAUAAAAUAACUACAUAUAAUUAGAAAAUGUAUUAUAAUUAAAAGAAUUUGAAAAAACUUUAGACUAUUAUUUAAAAAGUUUAAUAAAAAUUAAAUAAAAAAAUGAUUAAGCAACAUUAUAUUUACCAUCAUAAAGUUAAAGAAGAUUUCUUGUAAAAAAAGAAGAAAAUGAAGGAUCUAACAUAUAAAUUGAAGAAAGUAUUUGUUCUUAAUUUUAAUAACACAUAAAAAAAAAAGAAAAUGAAAAAGACAAAGAAAUAAAAUUUUAAACACUUUUUUCAUUCUUAGAAUUCAUAACAAUAUAAAAGAACGUUGAUAAAAUAUAUUCUUAAUAUUUCUAUUCAUAAACAUUUUUUAGUUUAAUUAUUAUUUUGGCAAUAAAACCUACUUAAAUAUUAAAAGAUUCACAUAGUAUUUAAUAAUUAUAGAAAAACGAAUAGAAAUAUUAUCAAUAUUUAAACUAAAUAGCUAAGUCAAUAAUGAUAAUUUAUGUAAGGGAAAACUAAUAAUUAGACUUUUUCAAAGAAAUUCUAAUUCCACAAGUAAGUAAAUCAUUUCCUAUAUAAAAAACAAUUUAAAACAUUAUAAUUUUGAACGAAUAAGGAAAUAUAAAAGAUGAAGAGCAUUAUUAUUUUUUGAAAGGUAUUAGCCUUUUUUUUGAUAAUAAAAAUAAUAGUUUUUUUGUGUAAAACUUUUUAGAAAAUACAAUAAAAUAAGCUUUAGAUUAUGUAAAAGAAAAAGAAGAAAAAAAUCAAAAAAGUGAAUUUUUUAUAGAAGAAAAAAAUCUAAAAUUACUCAAUUUUUGCCUCAAUUAAAAUUGCGAAAAUACACAACUUUUUGUUUUUGAUAUGAUUGAAAAAUAACCGUUUUUCUUUCAUAAAUUUGAAUAGUUUUUCGUACGUUUUCUAGCUUAAAAAUGGAAUCAAAUAUCUUUACUAUAUAUGGAAAAAGCUGCGAAAAAUUUAUCUUUACUUAGAUUGGUACUCUCCUUACAAAAAGAAGGAAUUAACAAUAAUAAUUUGAUUGAAAUUUUGCCAAAAAUAAAUAUUUAUAGAAUUAAUUAAGAUAUCCUUUAACUUGAGUUAAAGAUUAAUUAUGUAAUUUUGUCUUAACAAGACGAUCGUAUAAAAUAAUAAGAAGAUAUUAUUUCUUAGAAAUAUAAAGAAUAUUUAAAACAAUUAAUAGAUGACGAGAUUAUGAUAAAUAAUUAAUAUAUUAUUCAUUAAUAAGUACUUCAUUUGAGUGGAUUUUAUAUAAAGUAUUUUGCAUAAGGAUGGGAAGAAAUAAAAAAGACAUUAAACAGAAUAAAAAAUAAAUAUUUUCCUUCUAAGUUAAGUGAUUUAUAAAAAAAUUCAUAAGAAGAAGUUGAAUUUAAAGUAAUUUUGUAAGGAUUUAUAAGCAUGUUUACAUUAGGUAAUAAAAUUGAAUGCUUAGAAAUAUUUUUUGGAAUUAUAAGAGAGAAAUAAACUAACGAAUAUUAUAGCUUUUAUGGAAAAAAAAUGAAUUAGCUAAUUAAAAAUUUUAUAAAAGAAUAGUAAUAAAAUAGUUUAUAAAUAUAAUUUUAAGUUCAAUGUAUAAACUGGAUAUUUUAAUAAUUCAUAGAUUCAGAUUUAGAUUAAAGCUUAAGGGAUAACAUAAGAUACGAAAUAGUAAAAAGAGUGUUAAUUUAAUUUAUUUAAAAUAGUGAAUAAAGAAGUAUAUCAGACUUUUUUAUUCAAAAUGUAGGAUUUUUCAAUAGAUACAUAAACCCUUAAAACAGUCAAGAAAGCGCUAUAUUAACGGCAGUUCCAAUAAAACAUAUGCAAGAGCUUUCAUGUAUAUUUUUGAUAAUUUAAAAUAUAUAUAGUUGCGUAGAUUUGAAUGAAAUAAAAGAUUAUAUACAUAAAAAAUUGUUUGGAGUAAAUACAUAAGGGAACGAAUUUACAAAAAGCAUAAUAAAAAUAUUAUAUAACUAUAGAAGAAACGGGUAUGAGUUUCUUUUACCAUAGUAAAAAGGAUAGUUUUCAGAUUUAUUAAGGGAGUUUUAACAAAAUGUCUAUAAUUGUUUGUCUGAAAUAAUAAUGAAAACUUAAAAUAAGGAAAAUUUAUACAAUUAAUUUCUUUUUUUAGCAAAAGGAGAACACUUAUGGGACUUAAUAGUUGAUUUAGAACAAACAGAAUUCCCUUUUGAUGUUCAAACAAAUUUUUAAGAAAAGGAUUUAAAGAAAAAGAAAGUUAAGAAAUAAUCUUCAAAUACAUAGAAUUCUAUAAAAUCAACUUAUUUUUAAGAAAGUAUUCUGUUUUCUUUAGAUAAUAAUGAAAAUAUUUCCUUUAAUUUUAAUGAAAAUAUAUAAAAUGAAAAUGAUCAAGAAUAAUAAUAAGAAAUUUAAGAAAACGGAGAAAACCAAAAGAUAGAAUUAGACGUAAUAAACAAACAUCCAUGUAUGUAAACGAUAAUAAAAGUUAUUCGAAAGUUAUAAUAAUUAUUCCCUUUAUAAAAUAAUUACGUGCCUUUAUGGAUGUCCUCGAUAUAUGAAGAAUUAAAUAAAGAAAACAUUAUUUUGAGUGUGAGAAUAUUUUUAUUGAAAAUAAUAAUAAACAAUUAAGAUAUAUUCGGUUUCUAUGCCAAAAACUUCAUUUUUUUUCUAAUUGAUUACAUAACUUUACCUAAUAAUGGAUAAAAGUUCUUUCAUUAUUUUCUUAGGGAUGUUGUUACUACUUUCAUUACUUGGACGAGUUCUAAUCCUUACAUAAUUACAAAAAAUUUAGAUAUUUAAAAUAAACAAAAACUCUGCAUUGCAACUUCUAAAUUAGCUAAGCUUUUAGGUCAUAAAGAUAAGUAGCUUUUCAGACAAAAUGUUGGUAUUUUUUCUUCAUUCUUAGAAGAAUGUAAGGAUUUAGUGUUCUUUGAAGAAAACAUAAUACUAAAAAUGAUGUUUUUUUAAGCUAUUUCUUAAAAUAAGGAAGCUCAAGAAGAAACAUAAAUUUGGAAUUUUAAUGCCGUUUGUUUGCUUUAGUUAGCUCUUCUUUUCAAAAUUCCAAUUUUGUUAAAUUUUUAGAAUUUUUUAAGUGCUUAUCUGCCUGUUGAAAAAUAUUCUUUCUAUGUUUCAGAUAAUUUUCUUAAAGUUUUAAAAACUCUAUUUGGAUUUUUCGCACAUAAAAAAAAGACUUUUGCAAAGGCUAGUGGAUAGGUUAUUGGAAAUUUAUUGCUGUUUAUGAAUGAAUUGGAUGGUGUUUUUUAAAAUAAAAGAAUAUUUUUUGAAGAAAAAGCUGUUUUGAAUAUUAUACAAUUAUUGAACAAUGGUGAUAAAACAUAAAAGGAGAGAUUCCCUAUAGUUUUGUAUGGAAUAAGCGAAAAUUAUUCAUAAAUAUUAAAUAAUAGUACUCUAUUUACAUAUACUUCUGAGUUUGUUCUUAAUAAAUCUGGAUAAUAAAGAUCAUAUAUAUUAGCAUCUUUUCUAAAGUUUUUAAAAUAAAAGCAUUAUAAAAGAAUAGAAGCAAGUUAAAAUAUAAGAGAUAUAUGUUAUUGUUUAUAGGGAAGUAUAAAAAACUUAUUAAAAGACACAUCAUCAGAAAAUCAAGAUUAAUUUUUAGAAUUAAUCUAAUAUUUUACAAAUUAACAUAUCUUAUAUUAUGCUGAAAUCCACUAGCUUUUCUAAAUUCUUGUUCCUGAAUUGCAUGAGAAAUACUAAUAAAACAUAAGCGAAGAAUUAAGUGAGAAAUACUAUACAUGUAUAUUUAAUUUAUAUGACUAUUUUAUAACCCAAUAAGAACCAGCAAACUUAAAAUAAUAAAAAGAAAAUUAAUUAAUAAUAGAUGAAAAUUUCGCCCAAACAUUAAAAUGUGCAGUACUUUCAGGAUUAUGUUCUCCUCAUUUCAAUAUAAGAUAAAAAUCAUUUAAUUUUUUAGAUAAAGAAACAUCUGACUCAGCUUCUCCCUAUGAACGUUUAUUACAUCUUAUUUAGGAAAUUUACUAACCUUAAUAAGAAAAAUUAUGGCUUAUAAGUGCAGUUCCUUUAAUACUUUGUCUUUCUAAAAAAACUUCUGAUUAUUCCAGAUUACUUUUUGAUGAGAAACUUGAUAAAUACGCCUAAUAUUAUGAUUGGGAUUUCCGAUAAUAAGGAAAUUUGUUCAGAAAACACAACAAUUCAUAACCAUUAACACCCUUCUAUACACUUUCUUAACCUUUUUAUGAUUCUUAAGGGUUUGCUAUUCCUAAAAAAAAACAUUAAAGCACUUAGAGUAGUUAAUAAUAAGGACUUUUGAGUACAAUAAAAAAAUAGUAAAAUUUGUAAGAAAAAUUCGGAUCUUCAGGAGGAAAAAUAAGAGCUACAUAUUAACCUACAUUACAAUUUUCUUAUUUAUCUUAAUUUAAAAAUUCUUAAUAAAUGUACAGUGUAAUGGAAGAAUAAGAAGAAUAUGAAGAUGAUUUUGAUAAUAAAAAAAAAGAAGUAAAUUAAUAAUAGAAUUAAUAAUAAGAUUUAUUUUCAAAUGUCGUUAUUAAAAAAAAAAAUGAAUAAAUGUCGUAGUUUUAUAAAUAGAACUUCAUUGAUUUUUCUUAGGUAAAUUUUUCCUAAAAUAAUACACUUCGUUAUUAAUAAGUAAAUGAAGGAAAAAAACUCACAAAUUCUUUACAAAAAAGACUUUAUUUAGAAAAUGUACAAAAUCAUCGAUAAUAAAAAAUUUCAGCAUUAAGAAAAUAUAAAAUAGGAGAACUUCCUGAUAUUUCAAUAUAUUAUAAAGAUCUUAUUGAUCCUCUUAUAGCCUUAUGUUUUAUUGAUGAAACUAUAGCCGGAGAAUUAUUUUAAUUGCUUCUUUUCGCUAUGUAUUAGAAGGAAGAAAGUAAUGAUAGGUAAAAAGUUCUGAAAGAAAUUUUAACUAAUUUAUUACAAAAAACAACUCUUUUUGACUUUAAUUUCGUUUCCACUAUACAUAAAACCAUGAUAAUGUUAUGCAAAGAAGAAGGAGUACUUUUUGAUAGUUCCUUAAUUAAAAAAACUGGGCUGUAAAGUCAUUCCUAUUACACUUCCAUCAUAUUGCUUGAAGAAAAUUUGUUUAGUUUAUUAUAUAAAUAUAUUGAUUAAAAAAAAAGUGAUUCGAAAUAAUAACCAUAAUAAUAAUUAUAAUAAUAAUAAUAUUAUUAAUAAUAAUAAUAAUAAUAAUAAUAAUAAUAAUAAUAAUAAUAAUAAUAAAAAGAUGAAUAGGCAAACAUCUAUUGGAUGGACUUAAUAGAUAUAUACUCACAUUUGAAUGAAAAAGAUUAAAUUAAAGGAAUUCUUAAAAAAGCAUUUAAAACUUCCUAUAAAUGUAUUAAUGAUAAUUUUAAUAAUAAUCUAACUCAUGUUGUUACAGAAUUAGAAGAAGCUCUUGAUUUUAAAAUUACUGGCUAAAUAAAUUUAGCGGAAAAGUCACUAAUUAACAUAAUAAACAUUUGCAACUAAUAAUAAUACGAUGAAAGGAUUAAAAGCUAUCUUUAGAAUGAAUAUAAAGAUUGUUUAUCAAUGCUAGGAAAAUGGGAUGAUUUAGCUAAUGAAAUAAUUUAAGCAAAUUAAAAUUGGUUAGAUCAACCAGAAAGAAUAGGUGCUGAAGAAAUGAAAAACUUAAUGAUAGCACUGAUGCAAGCAGAUGAUAGUGAAGAAGGUAGAUGGGAAUAAUUAAAAUACAUAGUAAAGGCAUGGGUUUAAACAGAUUAUGGAAAAAAUAUAUUAGAAGGGCCAUUAGCAUAUGAGAUGGCUUUAUUAACAGUAAUUGAUGUAGAUAUUGAUAGAACCAGAUAUUAUCAUAAACUAAGUGAAGAUUAAUUUUUAAGCGUUUGGGGAAAAUUCGGAAGUUUUACUUCUGCAUCUAAGCAUGAAUAUUUAUCUAAUUUAUAUAAAAAUCAUGAAUUGAAGGAGUAUUUAUAGUUAGAUGAAAAAAAUCAAAUCAAACUUGAAGAUUGCGUUGAUUUAUUUAAAAAAUGGUAGGAUAGAUAGCCUUCUUAUGCAUAUGAUAGUUAAAGCUGUUGGGAUUAGAUAUUAAAUAGCAGAGAAGUAUUCGCAUUGGCUUUAUAUUCUAAAUAUAAUAUAUAAGAAGAGGUAAUAAAUACUAUAAGAUCAAAUUGGUAUGUAUAAAAUGCUAAAGGAAUGGUAAAGAAAGGCAUUUAUAGCGCAGCUGAUAAAAAAAUGAAAAAAGCAAGCAAAUAUAGAAAAGUAAAAGAAAGUUUACCUGAAUUUAAUUUUGAAUUUUAUAAAAUAACUUAAAUAGACUUAGAAAAAAACAAAGUUUUAGAAAGACCCGAAUAUAAAUUCGAAAAAUUAAUUGAAAUUUUUCAGAAGGAAAAACUAAAAUACAAUCUAGACAUUGUUUCUCAAAUAAAAUUCGAUUUUUUGACAAUUUAAGUCCGUGAAAAAUUCAUUGAUGUUUACAAUGAUUAUUCUCUAACAUAAGACUUCUAAUAAAUAAAUGAUAUAGAAAAUAAUCCUGAAAACGUUCUGUCCAUUUAAAAAAAAUAUUAUUAUCGUUUUUCCAUUUUUUGUGAUCAUUUAUUACGUAUUAUUGAAUCUGAAAGUCGAGAUGAAUUGAAAGUUACAUUAAAGCAAGAAUAUUAAAUGACAUUAGAAAAUGUGGGAAUAUCAUUUAUAAAUUAUAGUUUGAAGUGUUUUUCAAUAGCAAGCUCAUCAUCAUAAUCAUCAUAAUUCAACUAAAAUUUAUCAACAUUAUUACUGAAAAUGUUGAAGAUAAUGCAAAAGUUUCCUUAGUCAACUGGCUAUAUAUUCAAAUAGGCAGUUUAAAAUUCUACAAUCCCUUCAUGGCUAUUUAUACCUUUUCUACCCUAAAUGAUGCAUAUAUUAAAUAAAUAAAAUCUAGUUGAAUAUUUUGAACCUCUAUUUAAUAUUAUAGCGUAGAAAUAUCCUGAAGCCCUAAUAUAUUAAUUCAACACAAUUUUCGAAUAAAAAUAUAUGUGUGAAACUUAGCUGAGUAUUAAUAUUUUUGAGCAUUUGCAUGCAACGAUGUAACAUUACUUUUUAUUUAUAUAAUAGCUGAAUUGUGUCACAAAUCCAGAACAUAGAUUAAUAAAUUAUUUAGAAAAUAUGAGAAAUAUUAUCGUUUAAGCAAAUCAUAAAACUUAAUAAAAAUUAAAUGAAUUAAUUGAUUAAAUGGAAUUCGAUCUUUUUUCCCCUAAUUAGUUUUGGGGAAAUUACAAUAUUAAAUUUUAUUUUUAAGGAAGUACUUCCGAUUAAGAUGGAUCCUAAAUAGAAAUUCCAGGUUAGUAUACUUCUAAUUCAGCAAUUAUGAGAGAACCUUCAAAAGAACUACAUUUAACUAUAUAAAGCUUUGAUUAAACUGUUUUUUCUUUAAAAAGUAUUAGAAGACCUAAAAGAAUUAUAAUAUAUGGUUCUGAUGAAAAAGCUUACAAAUUCCUUGUUAAAGGUGUAGAAGAUCUUAGACUUGAUUAGAGGAUAGAAUAAAUAUUUGGAGUUAUGAAUAAUGUUUUUGGAACAGAUCCUUAGUGUGAAGAAAAGGAAUUAUUAAUUUCUACAUUUAAUAUUAUUCCGAUGACAAAUUAAUUAGGAUUAUUAGAAUGGGUUGAUAAAACAAAUGUCCUUAAAGAAAUUCUAAACAAAGAAUUUUAAUAAAUAUAUAAUACUACAUAUGAUAUAGUACAAAAUAAUCCCGCAAUCGAUACUCGAAGAGAAUGGUUAGAUAAAAUUUUUAAAAGAAGAAAUUUAUAAGAGCAACAUAUUGAUUUACUUCAAUUAUAAUCAGAGGAUGUAAUAAAUAAUUUCGAAAUCUAAUAGAAUAUGAUGCCUGUAGAUUUAUUAAAAAAUGCCUUACAGAGGCUUUCUGCCACUUUAGAAGCUUAUUUAUAUUUAAAAAAUCGAUUUAUAAGGAAUUAUGCAGUAGUUUGCAUUUCUGGCUAUAUUUUGGGAAUUGGAGAUCGUCAUUUAGAGAAUUUUCUUAUUAAUUAUUCAAAUGGAGAUGUUAUUUCUAUUGAUUUUGGUUAUAGUUUUGGAGCUGGAAUAGGCUUAGCAGUUCCUGAACUAAUGCCUUUUAGAUUAUCGAAAUGUUUUUAAAAUUUAAUGAACCCAAUAGGGUUAAAUGGAAUUUUUAGAUAGUCUAUGAUUUCGGCUUUGUUUGCUUUGAGAAAAAAAAGAAACCUUUUAAUUGAAUUUUGUGAAGUCUUUAUUAAUGACCCACUUAUUGAUUGGGUGAAGUUAACAAAAGAUAAAAAAAUGGGAACUAUUGUAUUUAAUGAAGACCUUGCACAUUUAAGUAGUGCAAAAAGUUAUUAAUAAAGUUAAUUAAAUAGUGUAGGGAGCUUAGGAGGCGAAUAAAUUAGUAGCUUUGAAGAGAUUUUACAUCAUAUUUAAAGAAUUGAUGUUGUUAAAUUGAAACUAAUAGGAAUGAAUCCUUAAUAAUUAAUGUUAUAAGAAUUAUCUUUAUCUAAACAUAAAGAUUAAAAAUAUUAUCCUACUUUAGAAAAAGCUAUUUAAGGAAAUCAGCAAUAAUAUAGAAAUUAAUAUAAUAGCAUUUAAUUCUUAGAUGUUAUUUAAUAAGUUGACUGUUUAAUUGAAUAAGCAAUCGAUCCUAAUAUAUUAGGUAGAGUUUGGAUUGGAUGGUGUGCUUUUAUUUGA